AUGUUCCAAAACGGAAAUACAAUCUCCUCGCUAAACACGUCGAAUGCGAGCAACAUCAACAUGAAUUUCAGCAGUCUUCUUCUAUCGGUUGCCUUGUUGGGUGCAAGUUUAUUCAUAAUCGGGUACUGGUUCUAUGAGCGAGUAUACACAGAAUGGCCGUGGUCUGGAUUUCCUUUGGCCGUGCUGCCCGGCAAGGGUCGCAAGCCGAAAGAAAGCUACAUGGAAUCUGCAAGCAGGACCAUUGCUGCUGGUCUCGAGAAGUAUUCGGGCCCUUUCCAGAUGAUAACCAGUACCGGACCCAAGCUCGUGCUACCUCACAAGUACGCCGAUGAGAUUCGAAACCGACCAGAACUGGACUUUAAUGAAGCAUUCCGCAAAGACUUCUUUGCCCACUACCCCGGAUUUGACGGCUUCAAGGCCAGCCUGGACAAUCCCUUCUUGAUUCCUCAGACACUGCGCUUGAAGCUGACGCCAAGCAUGGGGCUCGUUACACAUCACCUUGUGGACGAGGCAACCGAUGCUCUGCAUGGUAUUUACGGAGAGGAUCCGAACUGGCGCUCCGUCACUUUCAAGCAGAACAACCUCGACCUUAUAGCACGUCUCUCCUCACGGGUAUUUUUAGGGAAACCGAUUUGCCGCGACAAGCAAUGGCUGGAAAUUGCCAAAAAUCACACUGUCGACUCCUUCUUGGCAGCUCGAGACCUUCGGGCUCAGCCUUUCUUCAUGCGACGCAUCAUGCACAGGUUCAUGCCACACAACGUCAACAUCCAACGCCACUACGCCGAUGCUAGCAGGAUCAUCAGCACCGAGGUUGAAAACAGAAGGCGGCGAGCCGAGCAGCUUUUAUCCGAGGGCAAAAAGCCACCACGGGUCUCUGAUGCGAUCGGAUGGAUGGUCGAGGUUGCCAAAGGGCAAAAGGUCGAUUACGUGGCCGCCCAGCUCUCCCUCACCGUUGCUUCAAUCCAUGCCACGACUGAGGCGCUUACGGUGGCGCUCAUGGACAUCGCCAACUAUCCGGAACUAAAGAAACAGUUGCGGGAAGAGGUGAUCCAAGUCAUUCGCGAGGGCGGUUGGAGCAAGCAGGCUCUUUACAAUAUGAAGCUCAUGGACAGCUUCUUGAAGGAGUCGCAGCGAUUUCAUCCCCUGACCUGUUAUUCAGUAACCCUCAACCGGAAGGUGAUGCAGAACAUGACCCUUUCAGAUGGAACUCGCCUCCCAAAAGGGGCUAUCAUUAUGGUGGCGUCGAAGCUUCGAGACCCAAAAAUCUACGAAAGGCCAAACGAGUUCGACGCGAGGCGAUUUCUGCGACUUCGCGACGAUUCGAACAACGCGAAUCAGGUUUAUCAAAACGCCAGGGUCCAUGCUGACGAGAGAGGGGUUACCAAAGGACAUGGGAGGCAUGCGUGUCCGGGGCGGUUCCUUGCCAGCAGCGAACUCAAAGUCGCAUUGGCACACAUGCUUCUCAAGUACGAUUGGGAAUUAGACGAAACCGACAAGAUGCCAAAGUUCUUCGACAAUGAGACAGCACACAUGACCAGUCCUAUGGUUAAGCUCAUGAUCAGGAGAAGAAAGGAGGAAAUAAACCUUGAUCUAGAUGAAGGCUUGAAUCUGUCGGAUAUUGAAGACUAG